UGCAUGUGUGCGGCUCUGGAACUCUCGCAGUCAUGCACAAGGGCUGGAAGAAAUACUUCGGCCAGAAGUCUCUCAAUGAAGUCACCAUGGACGAGUACCUGGGAAGCCUGGGGCUGUACAGGAAACUGACCGCCAAGGACGCGUCCUGUCUCUUCAGAACUGUGUCCGAACAGCUCUUCUACUGCCAGAUUCACCACCAUGAGAUUCGUAAAUUAUGUGUAGCUUUUAUGAGGAAGAAUGAAAAGCUAUUUGACUCUUAUGUGGAAGGUCCUUUUGAAAAAUACCUUCAGCGGUUAGAAGAUCCAAAGGAAAGUGCUGGUCAGCUUGAAAUAACUGCCCUUUCAUUGAUCUUUAAUCAGAACUUUAUUUUGUAUAAAAGUCCCGGAAAACCACCUACAUAUGCAACUGAUAUUAACUGUGAUGGAAAGAUAAUGUUGUGUUGUUCCACCAAUGGUCACUAUGACUCAGUGUUUACAAAAAAUUUUCAAACAACUGCUGCAAUUUGCCAAGCUGUUCUCUAUGAGUGCCUAUACAGAGAUGUGUUUGGCGUGGAUGAGCGCGAACUGAUUGCAGCCGUUGAGCUUUUUCGGAGUGGCACAAAAAAGAAUCGUAACAGUGCAUCUACUGGCAGUGAAGAUGCCAAUUAUGAUUGUACAGCAGAUUAUAACAAGACAUUAACUGACAUCAGGACAGAAGAUUGGGAAAAGAAAGGUGGUGAGACUUCAAUAGAGGAGAAAUUAAAGAGCAAUGCAGAAGAAGCAAAGACAACAGAAAAUCCCAACAAGAUGCCUUUCCCAUAUAAAGUGUUAAAAGCACUUGACCCAGAAAUCUACAGGAAUGUAGAAUUUGAUGUCUGGCUGGACAGUCGAAAAGAACUCCAGAAAACUGAAUAUAUGGUCUUUGCAGGAAGGCAAUAUUGUUUGGGGGACAAAUGUCAGGUACGCUUAGAGCCUGGUGGACGAUACUAUAACGCCCAUAUCCAAGAAGUUGGGCAUGACAGCAAUUCUGUAACUGUGUUUAUUGAAGAGCUUGCUGAGAAGCACAUUGUGCCACUUGCCCAUUUAAAACCGGUGACUCAAGUGAUUCCAGUUCCUGCCUGGAAUUCAUCCACUAAUCGGAAAAGUACAAACUACCAGAAAAUACCUGCGGGUUUCAACAAUGACCUAGAGCUUGAUCUGAAAUCCCGGAAGAGGCUAUUCAAAAAAGUACGUGGGAAAGAGGCUCCACCAAAUAUAACAUCUUAUGAACACUUCCAACCUCUCCAAUCUCCACGUCGUCAAAGCCGAGGAUUUGGCAUAUCAAAGUCUUCACCUCGAUAUAUUGACAGACAUGCCAUAAUGAGUCCAGAGAUCCCUUUUUACCACAGUCCAGGCAAGAGGUGUUACCAGAGUUUUGAUAAUUAUACUUAUCGGACACGGUCGUAUACGCGGAGCCGUAGGCAGAUGCCAUGUGUAAAUAAAGAAUGUCAGUUUGGCUUUAUGUCCGACAGAGAUGACGAACAGCGAGGCUUGGAAGACAAUAUAACUUAUUAUGAAAUUGAGGAAGGAGAUGAAACGGCUUUCCCAACUAUGCCUAAUCAAGGUAGCACAAUGGUUCCUGCUACAGGUUUUUGGGUUGCAAGGAGCAGUCCUAACCCUAUUGGCCAUGGCAAAUCAAAUCUGAAUUCAUCUGAAGAUGAAAUUGAUGAGCCAAGUGACAAUGGAGAAUAUCAUGGAGAUUUCAUUUAUACUUCAGAUGGGGCAUUUGAGAACUCCUCUUUGUAUAGUGUGACAGAAUCCACUCAGAACUUGUCCCUUCAAGAUGAUAUGGCUCGGGCUGUACCUUCUCAAGAUGACCUAUCCCCAUAUAAGUAUUCAGAACAGGUGACAUCUGUUAGUUCUACCACGUGUGUAAAUGCUGCACCAGCAACCGUUAUCUCUUCAAACCCUUCUGUAUUGGGUCCAUCCACUGUCACGUCCACUGUCCUGCCACAGACUGCUGUGCAGCCAAUGAUUAUGUCUCAACCUCCCACUGGAAGACCAGCUCCCCCUGGAUCUGGUGAAAUGGGAGACUGCACAGUUCCUCUUCCACCCCCUCCUUAUUCCUGUGACCCAAGUGGAAAUGAUCUGCCAAGAGACACUAAAGUACUGCAGUAUUACUUUAACCUAGGAUUACAAUGUUAUCAUCAGAGCUUUUGGAAUUCCAUGGUCUAUGUGCAGCCUGUCCCACCUCCACCACAUGUUGAGUCAUAUCAGAGCUUUCCGGAACCUGUUCCUAUGGUUGACCAAUCUGUGUUAACAGUCUGCAAUGAAAACCGUCCACAGACACUGGAAACGGGUGGACCAUUUGCUAAUGUGGAUUCACUGCCUCAGCCACCAGUAUAUUACCCUUUUGUACCUGAUCCAUAUAGCCAGCCUCCUUUACCUGGCUUUGACUCGUGUAUGCCCUUUGUGCCUACAUAUCACUAUGUAGGACCAUGGCAUCCUAUAAGUCCACCUUAUAGCAGUUCCCCUCGGAUACAUAAUGCGGUAAACCCUGGUCAUAUUCACCAAGUAAGCUACAUGGCUGCACCAACUCCACCUGCCCACUUUGUUCCUCAGACCAUAUGA